CUUUAUUGUUAUUACAAAAUGGACCGCCCAUUCCUUCGUUUAGCCCCAAUUAAAGUCGAAAUUAUUCGAUUCGAGCCUUUGGCUGUUAUAUUUCGCAAUAUUAUUGCUGAUGAGGAAAUUGAAAUUCUAAAACGUUUAUCAAUGCCAAGAAUGACUAGAUCAAAAGUUCAACACCUCAAAACUGGGGAACCUAUUAUUGCUCCCUACAGAAUAAGUAAAAUUGCUUGGCUUUAUCCUAGUGAAAAUAAAGUUGUUUUACAAUUAUUUAAGCGUAUGGUGUUUAUGACGAACUUGAAUAUGUUAUCGGCUGAGCAUUUUCAGGUUGGAAAUUAUGGAAUUGGUGGACAUUUUAGACCUCAUUUUGAUUUUGCUAGGGAUAAUUCAACAAAUACAAAAGAAUCACAAAAAGGAUAUCAUUUUUUGAAUUUAGGCACAAGAAUUGCAACAGCUUUAUUUUAUUUAAGUACCCCAGAAAAGGGUGGAUAUACAGUUUUUAGUAAUGUUAAAACAUUUGUUAAACCAACUAAAAAUGAUGCUCUUUUUUGGUAUAAUUUGUGGAGAAAUGGAAAUGGGGAUUUUAGAACACGACAUGCAGCUUGCCCUGUUUUGCUAGGCGAUAAAUGGGUUUCUAAUUCAUGGAUACAUGAAGGAGGACAAGAAUUUUUUCGUCCUUGUGGUUUAGAUCCGUCAAUACAGGAACGUUAUGUUGGUGAUUUGGGAGGUCCAGAACCUAAAAAAUAUCCAAAUAUAUUUCCAUAUUGUAAAAAAGGAUUGUAUUGUGAAUGA